UUUGUUUACUGUGUUUAAGCCAGAGGAAAAGAUGAGGCUCAAACGGUUCUUGGUACGUUAUUAUCCCCCAGGGAUUAUUCUGGAAUAUGAGAAAGGAGGGGAACUGAAGACAAAAUCCAUCGACCUCCUGGAUCUGUCUCCAGAGACAGAUGUUGCCGAAUUAACAGAAGAAAUAAAAAAGACAGAGCCUCUUAUCACUGCCUCACGCACCGAACAAGUUAAACAACUGAUACAAAGAUUGCAGGAAAAACUUGGCCAACAGGAUGAUCGCAGGUUUUAUCUCUUUAAGGUAUUGAGAGCACAUAUUUUGCCACUAACAAAUGUUGCUUUUAAUAAAUCGGGAUCAAGCUUUAUUACUGGCAGCUACGACAGGACUUGCAAAAUAUGGGACACAGCAUCAGGAGAAGAACUACACACACUGGAGGGACACAGAAAUGUUGUCUAUGCAAUAGCUUUCAACAACCCCUAUGGAGACAAAAUUGCUACUGGAUCCUUUGACAAGACGUGCAGAUUAUGGAGUGCAGAGACAGGCAAAUGUUACCACACUUUUCGUGGCCAUACUGCAGAAAUUGUGUGUUUGUCAUUUAAUCCACAAAGUACACUGGUGGCCACAGGGAGUAUGGAUACUACUGCAAAACUAUGGAACAUCCAGACUGGUGAAGAAGCUGCAACUUUAACGGGUCAUUCUGCAGAAAUAAUUUCACUGUCAUUUAACACAGUUGGAGAUAAAAUCAUCACAGGCUCCUUUGAUCAUACAAUUUCAUUGUGGGAUGUUCAGUCUGGAAGGCUUAUCCAUACUUUAAUAGGCCAUAGGGGUGAAAUAAGCAGUGCACAGUUUAACUGGGAUUGUUCCUUCAUUGCAACUGGAUCUAUGGAUAAAACAUGCAAGGUCUGGGAUGCAGUCAAUGGGAAGUGCCUGGCAACACUGACAGGACAUGAAGAUGAAGUGCUGGAUGUUUGCUUUGAUUACACAGGACAACUUAUUGCAACUGCAUCUGCUGAUGGAAAUGCAAGGGUUUACAGUGCCUCAUCACAGAAAUGCAUUGCUAAACUGGAGGGACAUGAAGGGGAAAUUUCAAAGAUCUGCUUUAACCCCCAGGGUAGCCGUGUUUUGACUGGAAGUGCUGAUAAAACAGCUAGAUUAUGGGAUGUGAAUACAGGCCAGUGUCUGCAGGUUCUAGAAGGACACACAGAUGAGAUUUUUUCAUGUGCUUUUAACUAUGAAGGGGAUACUAUUAUUACAGGCAGUAAGGACAACACAUGCAGAAUAUGGCGCUGAUGGGGUCUGGAUUAAAAUAAGAUGGUCUGAUUAGAAACGAACAUUGGAAUUGGACUGAACAUUGGAAUCGAGAGGAAAAUACUUUUUUAAUCACCACAGUGUUAUGAUAUAAAACACAUUUGUCUCCGCACACCAAUAUUGCUGUUUGCCUUCGUUAGAUAUAUAUAGCUGUUUACUUGUCAUGUUUGCUGUUACCUUUUCAGCUUGCUUAUGUACCUUGUUCUAUCUUGCAAGUGUGCUAUGUUAAAGUACAGUAAAGUCUGUACUUUUUUUAAAGUACCAGUGUAAUAUUCAUUAGAACCUUUAGGAUUUAUAUUGACUUGUGUACAUCACUGCUUUCUUCAUUGGUUUAGUAAUAAUGUAGAUAUUGGAUACCAGCAGUUUGUUUUAUAUAGUUGCUAAAUCAAUAAUUUCGUGAAGGCUUUAAUAUGAACCCUUCUUUAAAGGUUAUAGUGACUGCAGAGGCUGUCAUAGUUUCCCAUCUUCUGAAUUGGGAGCAAGUGUUUAAAACAUUGUUAAAUAUAUAUUUUAAAAUACUGUAAUAAUGUUGAUUUGAUCCUGGUGCUUGAGAGCUGUAACUGUUUUAAACGCCUUAAUGAUUAAAGACUUGUAAAAUAACAAUUAGGAGUCAAUACCAAUUAAAUCAAUAAUUGUUUCAAUUAAGUCAUUAGGAACUUAGGUAGACUAAAAACCAUAGGACCUUGUGGCUCUCCAAAUGAUGAAUCCAGCUCUGGAGUUUCAUUUAUUGCUAGCUGGAUUAAAAAACAGUGUUUUGAAGUUGUUGCCUGAAGAAUUCCAGUGCUGGGUAGAGUAGGCUGAACAACUGGAAAAUAAUGUUGUGGUCAAUUUUUAUUUAGCUUUCAUAAUUUUUUUCAUUAAAAAAUGUUGAUAUUAA